AUGACGGGCGCGUGGGGCGGCGUUCCGGAGGUCGGCGCGUACUACCGCGACCACGGCAUCGGCUGGGUCGUCAUUGGCGACGAGAACUACGGCGAGGGCUCGUCCCGCGAGCACGCCGCUCUUGAGCCUCGUUUCCUUGGCGGUACGGCCGUGAUCACGCGCUCGUUCGCCCGCAUCCACGAGACCAACUUGAAGAAGCAGGGCAUGCUCCCGCUCAACUUCAAGAACCCGGCCGACUACGACCGCGUCAAGCCCGACGACAAGGUCGACCUCAUCGGCAUCAAGGAGCUCGCCGAGGGCUCCGAGGUCACCCUCCGCGUCCACCACAAGGACGGCUCUACCGAGGACCUUCCUCUCGUUCACACCUUUAACCAAGGCCAGAUCGCGUGGCACCGUGCCGGCUCGGCGCUCAACCACAUGGCCAAGUCCAAGUCGGCGUGA